UAUCUAUGAUGAAAAGAAGCCUAGCAAAAAGGAGUAAUAUCUUAUUAUCUCAUUAUUGCUUUAUUUCUUUCGGCUGAAAAAAUAGAUAACUAAAUGUUACUUGCUAUGCAUACUCUUUGCUAAUGGAGGAUUAGAUUUUGAAGCAGGUCAAAGGUAAUCCUCAAUAUUUAAGUGGUCUCAAUUGGUUCAGAUGAAAACGCAAAAUAACAAGAAAGGAGAAAUCAAAGAUGUGGGAACAUAGUGGAUUAUACAAGUGGACUAGUUUAUACUUUGGUUUAUCAGUCUAUUAAUCAGAAGCUCCAGUUCAAAAGUUCAUGCAUCCUUUUAACGAUUAGUUGUUGAUUCGUUAAUUGUUGCAAUUUGGAAAGUGCUCGCAGUUGAAAACAAGUUAAUACCGUAAUGAAACAAUUUCCUAAUCCCUAAGCUUGGAAGAUAGCUGUAUCCUAUCCAUGAAGAGGAGGGAAAAAGAUCCUCUAACAAUAGGAAUGGAUCAUGGCUGCACUUAUAGGAACUGAUAUUGAAGUUAUGUUGGCUAUUCCAAACAAUAUGUUGGAAGAAAUGAGUAAGAAUCCAAAGGUUGCAGAUUCUUGGGUUGAUGAGAAUGUCACCAGUUACUUGUACACUGGUGGAGUAAACAUCAAGUACAUAGCAGUGGGGAAUGAACCUUUCCUUAAGGAAUAUAAUGGCAGCUAUCUACAAUCAACUCUGCCAGCUCUGAAGAACAUUCAAACAUCACUGAACAAUGCAGGGAUUGGAUCAAGGGUGAAAGUAACAGUUCCAUUCAAUGCAGACAUAUACUAUUCCCCAGAAUCAAAUCCAGUUCCUUCAGCAGGUGACUUCAGACCUGAAGUUAGAGACCUCACAAUUGAGAUAAUCCAGUUCUUAUACUCAAACAAUGCACCUUUCACAGUUAAUAUCUAUCCCUUCCUUAGUCUCUAUGGAAAUGAUCAUUUCCCAUUUGAUUUUGCAUUCUUUGAUGGCAACAACAAGCCUCUAAGGGAUGGCAAUUCGGUCUACACCAAUGUUUUCGACGCGAAUCUCGACACGCUUCUCUGGGCUCUAGAGAAGGCAGGGUACCCUGAGAUGCAUGUCAUGGUUGGUGAAGUCGGGUGGCCAACUGAUGGUGACAAAAAUGCUAAUGUCAAGAAUGCAGAAAGGUUCAAUAUGGGUUUGCUCAAACAUGUUAUGAGUGGGAAUGGAACUCCUAAGAGGAAAGGCACAACAAUUGACAUUUAUCUAUUUAGUCUUAUUGAUGAGAAUGCUAAGAGCAUUGCACCUGGUAAUUUUGAGAGGCAUUGGGGAAUCUUUGAGUUUGAUGGCAAACCAAAGUACCAACUUGACUUGAAAGGUAUGAAUGAGAAUAAGGGUCUGGCUCCUGUGGAAGGAGUGAGGUACAGGGAGAAACAAUGGUGUAUCUUAGACCCUGAUGCUGUUGACUUAAACUACUUGCCAGAUAGCAUUGACUAUGCUUGUAGCCUAUCAGAUUGCACUGCUUUGGGAUAUGGUUCCUCUUGUAAUGGCCUUACACUUGAAGGGAAUGCAUCUUAUGCCUUCAAUAUGUAUUAUCAAGUGAACAAUCAGAGAGAUUGGGACUGUGAUUUUUCUGGCUUGGCUAUUGUAACAGAUGAAGAUCCAUCUCAAAAGGGUUGCCAAUUCCCUAUCAUGAUUAUUUCUCAUGCUUCUUCUUUGGCUAUGUAUGCAGGUUUUGCCGACAUGUUAAAGAGAACUUUGUGGUUAUGUAUUUUUGUUAUGUCCUUUUUAGUCCUUUAGAUGAUAAAGAUUUGUAAAGUCAUUAUUAAAGGGGGAAAAAUGUGAUCUCCUAGGAUUUAUUUUUAAUUACUUUUACUUUCU